AAUCUGACAACCUUAGGAGCGGGAAAUAUUUAAAAAAAAAAAAAAAAACUUGAAUAAUUCAUAAAAGCAUUUUUUAAUGGGUAUAAUUUUUAUUUAAAUUUGCGAUUCUGUAAUUUUAAUUUCGGAUAAUACUUUAUGUAAAAUGAGUUGUAAAAUAUACAAUGGGCUUAUCAUUUCGCUAUGAAAAUUCAUUUGAAUCUGAAGAUAUUGGAAACCAUAUUUUACUUUAUAAGGCAGCAUGUCUCUUUCAUCUAAAAUCACAGAUGAUGAGAUGAGGUACUUCCAAUUUAAAGCCAGGCAACUGUAUCUGCUUCGUAAAGAAGACCAUGAAUGGAAUGAAUUCUGCAAGAGGAACACUUGCACUUGUUGUACAUGUCAAACAAAUUCAGUUCCUAAAGUAAAGGAAGUUGGUGUCCAGUCUUUUCCCAAAAGAAUCCUCCCUUCUUCAGCAAAAAGCACAGCUGCUAUAUCACAUUCCAAUAAUAAGAAUCUACCACAGACUCUAAAUGAAAUAAAAACAAAAUUGGAAAAAAUUGAUCUUACUUUAUCUGAAAUGAAAGUACCUGCAAAUGGGAUGAAAGAAAUGACAAGACCUAAGGAAAUCUUUGAUAAACAACUAACAUUCCCAAUAGAAAGUGAUAUGGCUGAAUCAGUAAAAAGUGUUAUAAAUGAAAGAAAAAUGCAUUUGAUACAAAAUAGCCUGAAAAUGAGUUUGCAGAGACUGCAUUCUGCUGCUGUAAAGAUCACAAGACCCGAUUCUAAUGUUAAAAUUAAAAAAAAGAGUACUGGGUAUUUCAUUCCUCGAGAGCUGGAGAGACAGAGAGUUGCUGCAAGGCGAGCAUAUUUGGCAUCUUUAGGCAAGACUGUUGUUGAACCAAAGGUUUUACCUCACUCUAUCAAGGAAAAAGCUGGUGCUAGAAAAGAUAACCUGAAACCCAAAGUAUUGAAAACUACUGCAAAAUCUAACUUGCAAAAGUUUAAUAAGAGUAAUAAUCAAAAAGAAGAAGAAUGUACUUUAGUUGAAUCCAACGACUCAGCUGAGACAAAAGAUGAAAAUAUUGAAACUGCCAUAGAUGCAAUAAUGGAUGAUGUAUUGGGUGAAACAGUUUUAGUUAUUAAUAAAAUCAAACAAUCAAAAAGUGGGAAAUCCACAUCCCUUAUACAAAAUACAGAGCAGGUUGCAAAUAAUUCAUCUUUAAGGAAUCUGUCAGUGAAUUUAGAUUCUAAAGAAGCUGAUGCUGCAAUGGUAGAGCAAUUUCAGAAUAAACUGGAGAAAAUCAAACAUCUGCAUUGUGCUAAGAACGGAAGUGAACCAAGAGAUAAACAGGGACCUGUUGAAAUCAAGAAGAUAACAGAAGCUGCCAAGAAUGCAACUGAAAGUGAACUGAUUAUUUCUUCUAGUACUAAUUGCAGUAUCCAGCCUAAAAGUAUACCUGAAAUCAAGCAUAAACAGAUUCUAAGAGAACUUACAUUUAACCCAUUAAAGGGUAAACAAAUUUCCAAAUGCAGGAAAGAUUUUUGGAGUUAUUUGGAUAGAAUAUCUCGCACUAAAAAAGGAAAUUUUGAUCCUUGGGCUUUAUCAAAUUUGGUUGCAGAAUCCUUAUUAGAUGACUGCAUUCAAGAAAUUGCUGAAGAACUUCAAGAUGUGCCAGCCUCUUUAAUUGCAGAUUUAUAUGACCAAGAAUUUCUUCAGUCUAUAUAAUAAGUGAUUUUUAAACUAUUUAUUCAACACUAAAAUUUUUUUAUUUAUUUUUUAUUGUUUUAUCUGUGAUGCAUUCAAAACAUAUCAAAAUCUGUGAUAAA